AUGACUUGGCUAGAAGAAUUUGAAAAGAAUACGGAACGUGCUUUGCUUAGGGAGUCGCGAGUUGUGGAAGAAGUGGAUGAAGAAGACUGGAUUGCUGCACAUAGGAGAAAGUUGGAAUUGAAGAGAAUUAGAGAUGAGGCCUGCGAGAAGCUCAAAGUUUUGGGGAAAGUCAAGGUGAAGCUGGAAGAUGCGAAAGCUGGUUUAAGAAGGACGAAUCGUAAGCGGCAAUUCUGUGAUGGUGUCGUUCCUAACGAGCCAAUGACUACCGCAGCAGAUUGUGAUGCGCCAGAAAACUAUAUUUCUGAGGACGAAUUUGAGUCGAACAAUGAGGAACCUUUAGAGGUUGUCAAAAUAUUUUAUGCAUCACGUACUCAUUCCCAGCUUGAUCAGGUUCUGAAUGAAUUGAAGAAAACCAGCUGUAUUCGUAGGUUUUUGCCUCGUGUUGUAACUGCGAUUUCUCGACAAACAUUAUGUGCGAAUGAAAAUGUACGCCGCUUAAAAUAUAGUCAUUUAAUUAAUGAAAAAUGUAUGGAACUCCGAAAAACUUGCAGCGAGAAGGAAGAAGGAGCGAAUUUCGAUGGAGAAACGGCAUGGGGAAUCCGCUUAAGAGGAAAUGUGUUGGUUUUAGAUGAAGCACACAACGUGUUGGAAACAAUCGGGUCACUGUAUUCGUCAGAAGUAACGUCGGUGUCUACCACUUUUGCCCUUUCUCUCAUUCGUGAAUACAUUGAUUUUUAUAGGUCUCAACUGAAAUCAAAAAAUCUGAUGUAUAUGCGGCAACUAUUGGUUGUGGUUGCUGCCAUGGACCAAUAUUUGCGGAAAAAUUCAUCCCCUUCCGAGGAAGUUCUAACUGUCCAAGGGUUUAUUAUCGCGUUGGGACUGACUGAUGUGAACCUUUUUAAAAUUGUGCAUUAUUUGGAUGCAACAGAUAUGUGCAGGAAAUUUCACGGUUUCUUCAUUCGCGCAAUGAGACCGAAAGUUUCUAUUUCGCAGUCAUCCGUUGCUCGAGGUGGAAUUGCAAAACUGAUGGCAGGAAAGGCCCCUGAAAUUAGAAAACCAUCAAUUGUGGACGAUGAGAUCCGAAAUUUUCCUUCACCACUCUUCACUAUCAAACAAUUUUUGGAAGCACUGAGUAAUCGAUGUGAAGACGGAAGAGUAAUAGUUGAGCGGAAAGGAAGCGCUGCUAAGUUCCGGUUUAUACUUCUAAACCCUGCAACGCGACUAUUGGAAGUGGUCAAUGAAUCACGCGCUACCAUUCUCGUUGGGGGAACAAUGGAACCUGCGGAUUUAUUGGUUGAUUGUUUAUCGAGAGCUGUUAAGAAUGGUAUUCGACGCUUCUGUUGUUCGCAUGUCAUUGAUGAGGACCAACUACUCGCACUCUCGCUUGGUUUGAUUAAAACAUUGAUUUGCUUGAUUAUAUGUCUCGGCUUUCUUUGUGAAACUCUCCCCAGAAAUAAAAUUUGUUUCCACGUACGUAACGAAAAGUUCACUCUUACUUAUGAAACACGGAACAAUGUUGAUCUCAUAAAAGCAGUAGCGGAGAGUGUUAUGUUGCUGGUGCGCGAAGUACCUAAUGGCAGCGUUGCUUUCUUUACCAGUUAUGACUACAUGUCCCAUUUUUUAUCGAUAAUGGAGAAAUUCAGAACUAUCCAGUUGUGUGAUAUGAGAAAGAAUGUCUUCGUCGAAUCUCGUGCCUCAUCUGAAGAGAUCUGGAAUAAGUUUGUGGCAGCCAGUCGCAUUCGUGAAGGCGCUGUUUUGUUUGCUGUGGCAGGCGGAAAACUUAGCGAAGGAAUCAACUUUAGUGAUGAAUUAGGACGAGCUGUAUUUAUGAUUGGGCUCCCAUAUCCGAAUAAAAAUAGCGUUGAACUAACGGAAAAGAUGAAGAAUUCCAGGUAUACACGACAAGAUGUGAUAUCGAGACUUCCUGGCUGGAUUUCUAAAACGAUAAAGUGUCCGAAUUCAUUCUCAGAAGCUUUAGCAUCAACGAAAGCAUUCUUUCAACAUAAAAAACAUUAG